GGUGAGCACCACUCUGGCUGGCGCUCAUCCACUCAUCGCUGCUGCUGAUUCGACAAGUCCCCGAAAGACGCAAGGACACGUCUCUGCAUCCAGGCGCACUGCACACGAAACGACACAGACCCUGUCUCCCUGUCUGACAGAAAUUCCUCGGACUCGCGGGGCUUUUACGCGUCUCUUGGAUGGUUCAGCUUCCCUGACUGUGGCGCUACCACCUGCACUGUAUCACACAGACGCUCCUGUAAAGCUGCGGCAUCGCUCUACAUUCCUGUAGACGGGACCUGACUUGAUCUGAAAGGUGCAGCAGGAUGCAGGGCUUACUGCCUGUUUGUGGACCGCAGCUCCUGCUGGCCCUCCUUCUGCUUCAAACUGCGGUCUGGGGCUUAACCAGUGCAGAUACAGUGGUGAAUAUGCGGAAGGUUACCCAUCAGACCAUAAGUGAGGAGCUUUCUAAAACAGUUCUGCUCCCUUGCCUCUUCACCCUCCGCCCCAGUGCUGGUUCAUUCCAUGAGCCGCCCAGAAUCAAGUGGACUAAGGUUUGGGGCCAAAGAGGCUCUGAUGGCCUGCAAAAGGAACAGUCAGUCCUGGUGGCCAAAGACAAUGUGGUCAAGGUGAAGAAGGCCUUCCAGGGUCGUGUCACACUGCCUGGUUAUAAUAAGAACCGCUACAAUGCCAGUCUCGCUCUGACUGGGCUGCGCUCUAGCGACUCUGGUCUAUAUCGGUGUGAGGUAGUGGUGGGCAUUAAUGAUGAGCAGGACACAGUUCCUCUGGAGGUCACAGGUGUGGUAUUCCACUACCGGGCCCCUCAUGACCGCUAUGCCCUGACCUUUGCUGAUGCCAAGAGGGUGUGCAUGGAGAACUCAGCGGCCAUUGCAACACCUGGUCAGCUGCAGGCUACCUUUGCUGAUGGCUAUGACAACUGUGACGCUGGCUGGCUUUCUGACCAGACUGUACGGUAUCCCAUCCAGUCACCACGGCCAGGUUGCUAUGGGGAUUGUGAGGACUCACCUGGAGUUCGUAACUACGGCAAUAGGUCCCCUGAUGAGCUGUUUGAUGUCUACUGUUUUGCUAAGCGUCUUCAAGGUGAGGUUUUUCACUCCACAGUGCCAGAGAAGCUGAGCCUUGCCACCGCCUCCACUCACUGCCAUUCCCUGGGAGCCCAGCUGGCUACUGUUGGGCAGCUCUUCCUCGCCUGGCAGGCUGGUCUUGACCAGUGUGAUCCCGGCUGGCUCGCUGAUGGCAGCGUUCGCUAUCCCAUCAACGUCCCGCGGAAGAACUGCGGUGGAGACGAGCCUGGGGUACGGACUGUCUACAACAACCCGAACCGGACUGGGUUUCCUGACACCGCAGCUCUGUUUGAUGCCUACUGCUACCGAGCCCACCAGCCAGCAGGGGUGCAGGCUGCGGAGCCACAGCCUUUGUAUCAGACACCUCACCUGGCAGCAGAGGCCAUGUCCUUAUUAACCGAAGCCCAGGAUAGUGCCUCUAUUCCUAAGACUUCCACCUGGACUGGCCUUGUUGACUUAGAUGAAGUACGAGUCCCGUCCAUUGCUGGAAUCAACAACUCAUCUGAGAUCUCCGAAGAGCAUGUGAUCACCCACUUAAGGCCUGAGGAGGGUUGGGAUGAAACUCAGGAUGGACCUGGAACGCCAGAACCCAGCCAGAAUGAGUCACACAGCUUAAAUAACAGCAAGACUCUGGGCGUUUCUGACCUUGAAACCUUCGAGAAGCAUGGAGGCUCUGCCCAUGAGGAAGAAGAUGGAAGCUACUUUGGAUCUGAGACCCCAACAUUAUCCUCAAUUUCUACUUCCACGCCCCAAGUUCAAACCAGUAAUAGUAUUCUGACUGACUUUGUUAACACUCUUAUGAGGCCUUUUAGAUACUGGACUCAGAGUGAGAAAGGCGAUGAUACAGAGAAAACACCCAUGGUGCCAGACGAAAAGACAACAAAUAACCAAACACAGGGGGAAGCGCCCAGCAGGAACCCAAGUUUUCCAAAACCCAGUGGGAAAAAGGGCAGCAUAGAUAAUGCCAUUAUGGAGCACAGAAGUGGCACUUUUUCUUUCAGGAGUCCGGUGACUGAGCUGCAGAACUCAGAAGAAGGUCUUUCCAGUGAGGAGAAAGAGGUGAUGCCAUUGAUUCAGUUAGUACCUGCAGUCCAAAGCACAGAGGCAAGUGGUACGAGCAGCCCUCCAGGAGAGAGAACAACGAGCCCCAUCGCUGACCACACUCAAUCUGCUGUUAAAGAAAUCCCUGAAUCGGAUCCCACUGAGAGCUCACCAUCCAGUGAACAUGUCAACUUCUCCAGUCUUCAGGGUCUCAGGCGACACCCUACCUUUGUUCCUGCUCCCAGCUCCCAGUUUCAGUGGGCCAUCAAAUCAAUGCGCAUUCCCAAACUAGGCCUUCCUAAAAAUGUGGGCUAUGUGGGUAAAAAACCCACCUGGGAGCCAAUGGAAGCUAAAGCAGGACCCAUUGAGAUGAUGACCCUGCCUACCUUCCUUCGACAGGACUACACAGAUAAUUAUUCAGGUGAAGGCAAAGAGCAGGAUACAGAGAAUGUCAAUACUCCAACUGCCAGAAGCGCAUCAGGAGAGGAGAAAGUGAUAGAGGGUAGUGGAGAAGGGAGCAACGUGGCGGAUGGAUUUGGAGUGAAAGACAACAAUUUGGACAGCAGUGGCAUCAAAGUGAUUACUGAGUCGAAAUCUUCACUCAGCCACAGUGAUUUUGCCACUGUGACUGAGCGCACAACUCUGUCCCACUGGCAGCUGGUGGAACAGCCCACCACCCCACCUCAGGUCUCCCAGGAAACAGAGUCAGCAGAGGAGGCUAGGGGCGAGAUCUUCUACAUUCACAGGCCUACUGACAAGCUCUCAUCUACCUCCUCACACAGCGGGGAAGUUAGUUCAAACUCCGGAUUCACCCCAGUUUAUAGAAAAGACAGUAAAGAUACAAGCACUGAUGAGGUGAUGAUUACUGCACAUGAGGCUUUGAUAGAGAUGCUGACAACUUCUGAAAUGACGACGGCAGAGCUUCUGGGCAGAGAUGCACAGACAGUGGAUCCUGCUACCACAGCAGCCACUAUAGAAAAUAGAUCUUAUACAGAGGAGCCAUCUAUUUCCAUUUCAUGGGCUCAGGAAGACAAGGAGAAAGCUACAAGUUUCCCCAACAUGCAGGGCCUCUCAUCGACUCCCUCACCCGAAGGAGCAUCCACAACCACUUCUGGAGUCAUUCACUUGACUACUGCCGUAUCAGACAUCAAGGUUGCUGCUACAGAAAUGGAAUCCAGAUCUGCCGUUUCUGAGUCUUUUGUUGUGGGAAGCCAUUGGACGCCAUUCAAGGGCUUAAAGUCAGAGGAACAUAAAACCCCGCCAACAACAGAAGAUACUGGUACAAAGAAUCCUUUUGGCAUUCUUGUACCCAGCUGGGAAUUUGGGCUCAUCCCAUCAGUGGAGAGUAAUCCAUGCCAGACCAAUCCUUGCCUCCAUGGUGGAAGCUGCCUGCAGGAAGGGGAUGGUUACAGUUGCUACUGUCCUCAGGGGUUCUCUGGAGAGAGCUGUGAGAUCGACAUUGAUGACUGCCAGUCGAAUCCAUGUCAGAACGGAGGAACCUGCAUCGAUGAGAUCAACUCUUUUGUGUGUCUUUGUCUGCCCAGCUAUGGUGGCGCUACUUGCGAAAAAGACACCGAAGGCUGCGAGCACACUUGGAGGAAGUUUCAUGGCCACUGCUACAGAUAUUUCACACGCAGACACACCUGGGAGGACGCUGAGAAAGACUGCAGGGAGCACAAUGGCCACCUGGCCAGUAUCCACAGUGUGGCUGAGCAGAACUUCAUCAGAGGUCUAAGCCAUGACAACACCUGGAUUGGGCUGAAUGAUCGGACAGUAGAAGAUGAUUUUCAGUGGACUGACAAGAUGGACCUGCAAUAUGAGAACUGGCGUGAAAACCAGCCAGACAACUUCUUUGCUGGAGGAGAAGACUGUGUGGUGAUGAUUGCUCAUGAGAAUGGCAAAUGGAAUGACGUGCCCUGCAACUACAAUCUGCCCUACGUCUGCAAGAAGGGAACAGUGCUUUGCGGGGCCCCUCCAACUGUGGAUAAUGCCUUCCUGAUUGGUCGGAAGCGUACCCACUAUGACAUCCACUCAGUAGUGCGUUACCAGUGCGCCGAUGGCUUCCUGCAGCGGCACGUGCCCACUGCUAAGUGUCGUGCUAACGGCAAAUGGGACCGACCUAAAAUCAUCUGCAUAAAAUCCCGGCGAGCUCACCGUUACCGGCGCCACCACCACAAGACCAGGAGAGAGCGCAGAAAGCACAAGAGGCACAGCCACAGAGAGGGAGGCCACCACGGCAGAGAGGGAGGCCAGGGUCACAACCACGCCCGCUUCUGAACCAAAAAAAAACAUCAUCCCCCCCCCCUUUUUCUCCUCUGCUGCCAGCUGCAGUUUGCCUGUCUCCCUGUCGUCCCCAUUUCCCCAAACAGUUCUUCACAAUAACAGCCCAAAACUCUCUGACCAAGCCGCCUCCCUCCGGCCUUGUCCCGCACUGCAUUGUCCUGCCCUUAGCUCUCCAAGUCAGCCUGUAUCAUAGUCAACUGCAUCAACAGGACAAUAAUAAAUCCCUUUGUACUCUUUUUACUUUCCUUUCUCGGUCCGACGUUCUGGUCAUACCCUUGCUGUCUCUUACCUACCUUCUUUCUUGACCCACUUACUCUUCCCUCGAGCUCAACGAUGACCUGAAACAUGGGGCUACACUGACCUGUUUUUAAAAAAAAAAAUCUUUGAGAGCCACACUGAACAUUCUUCAGAGAGAAGUUCCUAAAUAGGGAUUACAUCAUUGAAUUUGCUGUAUCAAAAUCAGACGAGUCAAGGAAGACGUGUUGUUGACUUGAGCCUUUUGUCUGUUGAACACAUAGUUAUUUUUUACAAAUACUCAGUGUUUACUUCUUGACUCUGCUGCUUUUGGUUCGCUCUUUGUAAGGCAUUGUACUUGACUUAAAGCGACGCUGAGUUGUUCCGAAACAGAUUUAAUUGAUUUUCUUUCAUUCAGAAGCAGUUGUAAUUGAAUUAUUUUAAUUGUUAGCGUUGUAUCUUCUUGUCAGUGUAAGACCAUUACUUUAGAUCAGAUGCUUGACCCCAGAGGAAAAUGGAAAUCGCAUCCCUUCCCAUUGCAGUUUCAUCACAUCACACAUCAGUCACUUUUCAGAAGUGUUGAACAAUAUCAAACACCUCCUGCUGCGUCAUACAUCCACACCUGUCAUUGUAGAGGGGGAAUCUGAACGUUUGAUGUCAGCUUGUCUCAACUCAGCUCAGCAGUCCCGCAUUUGCUUUGUCUUUUUUCACAGUUUGAGCUGCUGUGGGAUUGUGUGCUGUGAAUUAAUCAAGGUGAUGCAGCAGGGUGAAGAGCCUCUCACGUAUCUGCUUCGCCUUUAUUUUGAAGGUUUACUGCUGUUUUUGCUGCAUUGUGUAUUCAACAAAAGUAUGGGUACAUUCAUAUUGGGGUGUGUCAGACCAAGGACUGCAUUAGCUAGGUGCAUAAGUAUUAUUCAGUCCCUCUCUGAGUGAUGUUGUCCUAUUGUUCAAUUUUGCAAUUAAUUUUAUGUAGACGUGCAAAUGAUUAGCAAACAUGGCAGUGAGAUCACACUUUUAUAUAUCACAAAAACACAGGACUUUCUUUCAUCAGGACAACAGGUCAAGAAAAGUAAAACGCUGAUUUGGCCAUUAAUACAGGGGAAAAUGUUGCUAUAGAAACAAACUUAAAUCUUCACUCCCAGGUAGUUUAAAACAUAUGUUUUAAAAGCAUCCACUUUUUUUAUCUGUUUGUCCAGCUUAUGCUACAGUCACACUAGGAAAAACAGGGACAACAAAAUUAUUGGGACAGUUUACAAUUAACUUGCAACCUCGCUGCCUUUAAAACGGUUGUUUCGAAGACUGAAAUCUGGCCCGUGACCAUUUGCACUCAGUUGCCAUCUUCAAAGUAACUUUGGUUUGACAAGACAGAGAUAAACUGGAAAUAAGCUUAUCCCAGGUGUUAUAUGGGUAGAGCCAGGGUACUCCGAGCACAUGUCCCAUCAAAGGGCUAACACAGAGACACAGACAACCACACCCUCUCACAUCCACACCAGUUUGGAAAAUCCUCAGAGGCACAGGGAGAACUUCCAAACUGCACGUAGACACCCACGCUCACCAUGAGGUUCAAAUCAAGAGCCAUAUUGCAGUGAGACAACAGUGUAACCACUGUGCCACAACCUUUUCAUGGCUCGGGAUUUGUUUGUCUCAAUUUUUAAACAUCCAGCCUUUGUAGGGCAUUAUUAGCAGUGAGUAGUUAAAAGUUAGCUAGCUGCCUGCUAGAUUUGUAUCAUUUCAUUAGGUUUUUUUUUUUUUAAAUUAUUAUUAUUUUACUGAAAACAGCCAGUUGCUGCUUGUGGAAAGAGUGCUGAUGAGACUGAACCAAAAAGUAAAGUUAGGGGCUACAAAGAUUCAAUCUCUCAGAUGCUCUGAAAAUAUUAGUGAUUUUUGUCUGUGUUUGUCACUGAAAUCAUAAUUUGAUCUGUUGUCAUAACACUGACAUUCAGAACAAGGUUUAAAGAUUAAAGGACUGAAGAUGUACAUUUUUGUAGUGUAGUCUUCAGCCUUAACCAGCCCUCUGAAGCAGGAAGAAUUGAGCAAGUAGUGGGAAACAAGCACGACAACAAGCUGAGAUUGUUGCAUCAUGAAUCAGAGCUUUGUGCAGAGUAUGAGG